AUGUCAUCUUACGAUAUCGAAUCGGUUCGAACAAAAAUCGCUGCUCUCCAUAAACAACGGGAGAUACAGGAAAUCAUUCGAAAGAAGGAUUUUCUUCUUCAUAUUGUCUUCACGAAAGAGAAGAAGUUCGUGUUGCCGUUUUCCCGUCGGCCAAUCAACUUCGACUGGGAAGCACUCAUUGACGAACACGAUGCAUCGUUGAUUAUACGUUUGUCUAUGAUCGACCUACGCGUGGAUUAUACUCCACCUCGUCCGAAUAAGAAGUUCAUUCGUAUCAUCGACGAAACGUAA